AUGAUUUCAGAUCCGAGUCAUUGGGUAACCCAGUUCCCAAGAUGUGGAGGGCUUCGCCAGUCUCCCAUCAACAUUGUCACUAGUAAAGCCCACACUAACUCUGCUCUAGCUCCUUUCAACUUCAUCGGACACAACAAACAAAUCAACAUCAGCUUGGAGAACACUGGGCACUCUGCCACUUUCAGGCUGCCUCAGUCGGUGGGGUUGUCCGGGGGUGCUCUGCCUGGAAACUACAGAGCAGCAAAUUUCCACUUUCAUUGGGGCCGAGAGGGGAGCCCAGGGUCUGAACACACCAUUGACGGAGAGAGGCUGCCUAUGGAAAUGCACAUAGUUCACAUAAAGGAGCCGUACGGGUCUCUGACCGAAGCUGAGCAUGACAUGGCUGGAAUAGCUCUCCUUGCUUUUCUCUUUGAGGAGACAGCUGAAGACCAUCCACAUCUGGACACAUUGAUAGAGGCGUUGGGUCGUAUUCAAAAUAAUGGCAGCUCUACAGAGGUGAUAAACUUCAGACUGAGUGACGUCGUCCCAUCAGCGUCUGAACUCCACAGUUAUUAUAGAUACAUGGGCUCCAUGACGACACCUGGCUGUGAACAAGCCGUGGCCUGGACCGUUUUUAAGAGGAUGCUACCGGUCAGCAGCCGACAGUUGAGUGCCUUCAUCUCAAAGUGCCGGUUCUGGACAGGUCAGCCCAUGACUGACAUCUUCAGACCCACUCAGCCACUAGAUGGCAGAGUUGUCUACAAAUCUAACUCUGGCUUACUUCUUCCAAGUCUCACCCUGGUGUGCUCUUUUUGUCUUUUAUUACAUAUUUAG